GAGAGAGACUUCGUUGAAUCGAUGUAGUUGCCCGUUCUCGUCGGGCUUGGCUUCCACAUGGGGCGAGGGGGCAGCUUGGAGCCUCCGAGUCUCGCUCGAUCCGGAGAGGGCUUCCAGAUCGCUAAAUAGAAAGGAGUCUAAGAAUAGCCAGGAUGCGAGGGUGGCAAUCUCUCCUUUUAGCCUCUUCUCGUCUUCCUCCUCCUCGUAGGGACUCGAAGAAGAGAAGAGGGCACGACAUCUUUGAGAUGCCGCUCCCUCUCCUAUUGGCAAUUGUUGCCGGUUAGAAUGUUUACUUCUCUUUUUCGAUCCAUGCCGUUCUAAUCUUUUUCAUGGGUUAUACCUCUCGUCCUGUUCUGAUCCAAUAAAUUACUCUCAGGUAAAACUGCUGCAUACCUGCCUCCUUUGCUUCUUCAUAACGCUGAGUGAUCAUCAUGGGUGUAUGCAUAUCAAAGCCAAGCGGUAGAUCUAGGACUCGAAAGUACACCCACAGAUCCAGAAAAUACCAUGGAAAAAUUUCAGGUUCCCGUCCUAAGGCAUCUAAAACUCAGAUUGGCACUGCUGGAAAUUGCUUAACUGAUUAUGCUUUAAGUGAGUUUGUUCAUGUUGAGACUGCUGCAAGAACAAGCGGAAAAUUCCAUCUAACGCAGUUGCAGUGGCACCAUAGUCAGAUUGACUCUUAUGGAAUAUGCCAGGAAGACACAUGGUUUGACUCGGUCAGCAUUUUAGAGUCUGAUUCUGAUGAUGAUUUCAGCAGUGUCCAUGGAGAUUCUAGUCCAUCAGUGGAUGAAAUAGGGGCUCAAAUGUUGCAAUAUGAAAAUGCUUCACGACUAGUUGAUGCAAUGUAUAAGUUGGAGGGAUUUUGUGGUACUACUCCAGUGACGUUGGCAGUUGAACACUACUUAAAAAGAGAAGGUAAGAUGGAUAAGAUUUCAUGCAAGGACGAAGCGAAGGAUGCUGAUGGCUCAGAAAUUAUAAAGCCUCACCGUCGUGAACUUCCUAUGGGAAAGGUCAAUAAGACCCUAGGCUCCGAAGCUUGUAUGAAGAAGAGAAAGUUUUUGGCAGAUUCAUAUGGUAGCUUUAAAGGUUUGAGAGAAAGACAUGAUACUGAAGAGAAGUCUCUUGGGAACAAGAAACAAUCAUACUUGCGCAAAUUAGUUUCUUCUGUGAGCUUCAAUGAUAAGAUCUAUCACAUGACAAAACUUAGCCCAUCUUGUCAAAAGAAAAAGUCUGCAGUUAUCAGGCUUUCUUACACGAGGAAGUCUUAUGAUGGAGAAGAAACCACCGAGUUCCGUGCCUCAACAAGACUCUUAUUUCGUCCCCGAGGAGGUCUAGUUAUUCCACAUGCUCGAGGGGAGAAACCAACUCCAGGAUGCUGGUCCUAUCUUGAUCCUUCUACUUUUGAUCUUCGUGGAGAAAGCUACUUCAGGGACAAGAAAAAAUCUCCGGCUCCAAACUAUGCACCAUAUUAUCCUAUUGGUGUUGACUUGUUUGUAUGCCCACGCAAAAUACAUCAUAUUGCUCAACACAUUGAGCUUCCAUAUGUCAAGCCACAUGGGAAACUUCCCUCGCUGCUGAUUGUUAAUAUUCAGGUGCCUACUUAUCCUGCUGCAAUGUUUCUUGGUGAAGGUGAUGGUGAAGGAAUGAGCCUUGUGUUGUAUUUUAAAAUUUCUGAAUCAUAUGAGAAAGAAGUUUCUUCUAGUUUCCAGGAUUUAGUAAGGAAAUUUAUCGAUGAUGAAAUGGAAAGGGUUAAAGGAUUUGCAAGUGAAUCCAGUGUACCCUUUAGAGAGAGGUUAAAAAUUAUUGGUGGAGUGGUCAACCCAGAGGAUCUUAAUUUGAGCGCUGCAGAAAGAAAGCUAAUACAAGGAUAUAAUAGGAAGCCUGUGCUUUCACGCCCUCAACACACUUUUUAUCAGGGUGAAAAUUACUUUGAGAUUGACCUUGACAUACAUCGCUUCAGCUACAUAUCAAGAAAAGGCCUAGAAGCUUUUCGAGAUCGUCUGAAGCAUGGGAUCCUUGAUUUGGGUUUAACAAUCCAGGCCCAGAAGCAGGAGGAACUUCCAGAGCAGGUCCUCUGCUGCAUGAGGUUGAACAAGAUUGAUCUUGUUGAUCAUGGGCAAAUUCCAACUCUCGUCACGCUCGGCAACUAAAAUAUCUGAAGAGAGCAAACUAGUUAUACUGGAGCCAAUUCAAGAAUAUCCUUCAAUGUAUUCAAUGUAAUCCUAUUGAUGAUCCAUUCUACUAACAUUCUCCGUAUAUUCGAUCCUAUCACCUAAUAAAGACUAUUUAUGCAA